AUUUGACAGCUGUUUUAUAUGCAUUGAGUCCAUCUUGACCAGGAAGCUAUACGCUAUGAUCAUCCUUUAUUUUUAAAAAGCUAUGCAAGGAAUGUGCUUAAUACCUGCAGUGAGAAUAACAACAAGGCUAAAUGAUAGCACUCCAUUAAUUGCUAGCCUCUAAACUAGGUUCCUUUAGUUGCAAAGAAGUGCCUGGAAGAGGUGGAGCUUCAAAGAGGAACCAGAGUGAACCUACAAAAAAAAAAAGAAGCCCUGCCGCAUCUGAACCAAAUCCUUUUGAUCCGACACCCCUUCACCUGCAGCGGAUGGACAGAUCAGAUGAAUCCGAAAAGCCAGCUGUUAUGUAUGCUGAACCAUCCACCAUGAAUUUCCGGAACCAUGGGUUCUUCCGCCGCUCUCCGCCUCCUUCCGUGGCGAAACCCUCACCUGUCCCCGGGAACAGUUUGUCCGUCUUAGGAGGCAUUGCUCAGAUCUCCCCAUGCCUCUAUCUCUGCUCUGGCAAUGCUGCAGCCAACCGGCACAUGGUCUACGCCAGGGCUGUGACUUGUGUCGUGAAUGCCACCAUGGAAAUCCCCAAUGCCAACUGGCCAGACAUUGACUACGUCAAGGUACCUGUCCCCGACCUCCCUCAUGCUCCUCUCUCCUUGUACUUCGACUCUGUGGCUGACCGGAUACACCAGACAGGGAAGAAGAAUGGGCGAACCCUUGUCCACUGUGUGGCCGGUGUCAGUCGGUCCGCCUCUCUCUGUAUAGCCUACUUGAUGAAGUACCACCGGCUGAGUCUCUUGGAUGCCCACGAGUGGGUCAAGAACCGGCGACCCGUUGUCAGGCCCAACGUAGGCUUUUGGAGGCAGCUCAUCGAAUAUGAGCGCAAGCUCUUUGGCAAGAACACUGUCAAGAUGGUGCCCUCGCCCAUUGGGUUGGUCCCAGAUGUCUAUGAAAAGGAGACCCGUGGCUUGGUGCCUUUGUGGAACUUGAGAUAGACACCGGGCUACCUUGGGAAGGUGGUUGGGUGGUGGGUUUCCUGGAUUUAGGGUCAAAAUAUUCUGCCAUGUUAUACCUUCCGGCAGUGUGGAACUUGAUGAGAAAUUCUGUUAUUAUAAACAAUACAGUAUCAGUAGAUUAUGGAAAA